UUCUUCUGCGUUUCCUCUUCUUUCCAAACAAACAGCUUCUGAGCUCAGAAAAUGUUCCAAUAGCGGGGCAUUUCAAGCCAUGAAAACCUGCACUUUUAGUUGUCUUUUCACCAACUUUUGGACUUUAUGAGAUCAAUGAAGGCGGAGACCUCCGUUUAGCGUCAAGAAGGAGCGGAUGAGCGGCGGCUUGCCCGCAAAUGACCAGAACCCUCCUAUUCUCUCUGUAAUGGACGACGACAUCCCGACAUUGAAGCCUAGACUCAUCCAGAAUCAGAAUGUCGUCCAUCGUCUGGAAAGACGAAGGAUCUGCUCCGGCAGACCUGGAGCUCACUGGUACCGAGUACGCUGCUUUCAUCAGAACCUGUUCCCCAACUUCACUGUGGUCAACGUAGAAAAGCCCCCCUGCUUUCUCAGGAAAUUCUCACCAGAUGGACGAUGCUUCAUCGCCUUCUCCUCUGAUCAGACGUCCUUGGAAAUAUAUGAAUAUCAGGGCUGCCAAGCGGCCCAGGACCUCCUGAGGAACCAGGAGGGAGAGACUCUUUCCACCGACCAACGCUUCCUCAACAUCAGAGGCCGGCUGUUUGAGCGCUUCUUCUCUUUGCUCCAUGUCACUAACGUGGCCUCUAAUGGCGAACACCUUAAUCGGGAGUGCAGUCUAUUCACAGACGACUGCCGCUACGUUAUUGUGGGUUCAGCUGUUUACGUCCCAGAAGAACCGCCGCCGUACUUCUUUGAAGUGUAUCGCAACAAUGAGUCUGUGACUCCAAAUCCACGAUCUCCCCUGGAAGACUACUCCCUUCAUAUUAUUGACCUCCACACGGGUCGACUGUGUGACACCAGGUCCUUUAAGUGUGACAAGAUCAUUCUGUCGCAUAAUCAGGGUCUGUACCUCUACAGAAACAUCCUGGCCGUGCUGUCUGUCCAGCAGCAGACCAUCCACGUCUUCCAGGUAACUUCUGAGGGAACGUUUCUGGACGUAAGGACUAUCGGUCGCUUUUGCUACGAGGAUGACCUCCUAACUUUGUCGGCAGUUUACCCAGAGGCUCAGGCAGAGAGUCAGCCCGGCUUUCCGCGGCUGUACACUGACAAAACCAUAAACUCUCUAAAGCACAGACUGCUGGUUUACCUGUGGAGAAGGGCGGAGCAGGACGGAAGUGCCACUGCCAAGAGAAGGUUUUUCCAGUUUUUUGAUCAGCUGAGACGGCUGAGGAUGUGGAAGAUGCAGCUGCUGGAUGAGCAUCACCUCUUCAUCAAAUACACCAGCGAGGAUGUGGUCACGCUCCGAGUCACCGACCCGUCUCAGCCGUCGUUUUUUGUGGUCUACAACAUGGUUUCCACCAAGGUUCUGGCCGUCUUCGAGAAUACAUCGGAUCAGUUGCUGGAGCUCUUUGAAAACUUCUGCGACCUCUUCCGAAAUGCAACCCUGCACAGCCAGGCCGUCCAGUUCCCGUGCUCCGCCUCAUCCAACAACUACGCCCGGCAGGUCCAGAGAAGGUUCAAAGACACCAUCGUGAACGCCAAAUAUGGCGGCCACACGGAAGCUGUACGCCGGCUGCUCGGUCAGCUGCCCAUUAGCGCCCAGUCGUACAGCAGCAGCCCCUACCUAGAUCUGUCACUCUUCAGCUACGACGACAAGUGGGUGUCUGUGAUGGAGAGGCCCAAGACCUGUGGAGACCACCCCAUCAGGUUUUACGCUCGAGAUUCCGGUCUGCUAAAGUUUAAGAUCCAGGCGGGGUUGCUGGGACGGCCGGUGAAUCAUGCCGUUCGCCGCCUGGUCGCCUUCACUUUCCACCCGUUUGAGCCUUUCGCGAUCUCUGUGCAGCGCACCAACGCAGAGUACGUGGUCAAUUUCCACAUGAGGCACAACUGUGCGUGAUCACUGCUGCUACAGGACUCGGAGGAGCUGUUGGGUUUCUUUCAGCAGCUGAUGGAAACCGUCCGCCAAACACUCCAAGUGGCUGCUCCUCUUCUCCGUUUUUUUAUUUUUUACCAUCAUACUGUGGUCACUCCACCUCUGCCCCCACUCCUCUUCCUCCUCAGCCAGGAGGCAGCAAUCCACCUUUUCCUUUUCUACCUCCUCUUUCCCCCUUUCUCUCCAGAACAAAAGAGGAGCUGUGGGGAGGAAAGGCUGGAAGAAGUGUAAAUGGAUAUGUGGAGAGAGUGAUUGAUGUGGCAUGGAGGUGGAAGCCGCAGGUAGCUGGACCUCUUAGAAGAAACCAGAGGUGUUUUCUUUUUUUUAUUCUUGUCAGAAAAGCUUAUCCCAUUGGUUUUCAACUGGCUCUCCAGCAAGUCUACCUUUUCUUACACAAAUUGAGUGACCUGGGCUAUUUCUUUUUUUAUGGUUUCUACCUUUUUUUUUUUUUACAUUUUAACUGUACAUACUGUGCACCAAUAAAAUAUUUUUAAAAGCUUUGUGUUU